AUGGGGAUCGCAAAGAAAACCCGCAAGUUCGGCCAUGUCAAGAAAGUAAUCUCACAAAAGGAUAACCGAUUGAAGCAGAACCAGGCAAAGGCUGAAGAAAAGAAAGCAAAAUCGGACAAUGUCGUCCGCGAAAUACCUCAAGCUCCAUCUGCUCUUUUCUUCCAGUUCAACACUUCUCUCGCGCCGCCGUAUUCGAUUUUGGUCGACACCAAUUUCCUGUCCCACACAGUGCAACAUAAACUAGAUGUGAUUCCAAGCAUGAUGGACUGUCUGUUUGCAAAGUGUAUUCCUAUUAUCACGGACUGCGUUUUGGCGGAGUUGGAGAAGCUGGGGCCAAAAUAUCGCCUCGCCCUGCGGAUAGCCAAAGAUCCUCGAUUCGAAAGGGUCAAAUGUGAUCACAGCGGCACAUACGCUGAUGACUGUAUCGUGGACCGUGUUAUAAAACAUCGAAUUUAUAUUGUCGCAACCAACGAUCGUGACCUAAAGAGGCGGAUUAGGAAAAUCCCAGGUGUACCAGUUAUGAGUGUUGCGCGAGCUAAAUAUGUCAUUGAACGGCUUCCUGAUGCACCUGAAAAAUGA